GACGUGCCGGAGAACUGCGUGACAGAGGGCGCGUAUACCUGAAAGUUAACCCCAAAAAUUUGCGUCUACGAGGCUGCUCAAUCGCUGCACGUCGAUAGCUUGAAAAUUGUGAAAGAAAAGGGAACGAUGUCUGGAAAAUCGAAGGCAUUUACGAAGGAAGAGGAACUCCUGCUGCAGGAUUUCUCGAGGAACGUUUCUACCAAGUCUUCCGCCUUGUUCUACGGGAAUGCGUUCAUCGUGUCGGCAAUUCCCAUCUGGCUGUUCUGGAGGAUUCAUCUUAUCGACCUGUAUGCCAGCUUGAUCUCCUUCGUCGUGGUGACUAUCGUGAGCACCUACCUCGUCGCCCUAGCUUACAAGAACACGAAGUUUGUCUUGAAACAUAAGAUUGCGGUGAAACGAGAGGAUGCAGUCACUCGGGAGAUGAGCCGCAGGCUGGCAGAGGACAAGAAGAUGAGUAAAAAAGAAAAGGACGAACGGAUCUUGUGGAAGAAAAAUGAAGUUGCUGACUACGAAGCCACGACGUUCUCCAUCUUCUACAACAAUGCCAUUUUCCUGGCACUCGUAAUACUUUCGUCCUUCUAUGUGCUUAAGACCUUCACUCCUGCCGUCAAUUACAUACUGUCGGUGGGCAUAGCGAGCGCUCUAUUGGCACUACUGUCCACCGGCUCUCAGUAAAUCGAGAGAAGCAUCGACUACAUUCCUAUAGUUAAGUUUUUUCACCCGACAUUUUGAGACGUGUAUAAAUCCGUGAUAUGAAAGGAACACUUUUAUUUAUUCAACGCGACUCAUGCCAAGAUCUAUUUGCAAUCUUAAUCUCAAGAAGUCAUCCACAGCGAGUUCCAUUAGUCAAGCUAUCGUACGCCUCCGAUCGCUGUGCACAUGACCACCAGCUGGUGCAUUCAAUUCUAUGCCUGAGGUAAGGCACCAAGGACAAUACAUAAGCUCCCUCUGCGUGGAGUUCUCUACGUGCCCACCGAGGGAAUAUCACAAUCACUUCGGAAGACUGUAUUGUCUACGAGGGAUAUUAUUAGCCAAACAAACCUCAGCCCGAUGCAGCAACAUUGGACCGAUGAGAGCACUCCGACCGAAUCGCAACCCAUUUUCUCUGGCCCGGAUUCUGCGGUGUCCAAGGGGGAGCAACUUCGCCCUGGCCCCUGAGUUUCUAGCCCGUUGGGUACGUCUACGAAACCUCGCCGAUACUCGGCGUUUACGAGCGUCAGCUUUAUGGACCCGAUGCUAAAUCUUGGACGCGUUGGACCCGGGCCAACCGUUAAUCCGGGGAACUCCAGUCGAACGAGGAACAGCAAGGAAUGCAAGACGAGCACAUAAACGUCAACCAAAGGGAUCUUUCGAGUCCUCGAGAUCCUCAACGGGCGAUUACGGUACUCUCCUCGAAGCUCCCUUUUGCGUUCGGGAUCGCCGAGGAUGAUUUUAUUUAAAUGCGAUGACAAUAAAGCCAGGAAAAUUCGUA